GUAAACAACCUACGAGAUAUCUCGUAGUUGGCAGUCAACGUGUUAAUAACGUCCAAGAGUUAUCGCGCAUAUAUCCGUUACAUAUCAAAGCUGAAGAUGAAUCGUUUAAAAUAUAGACGCGAAAUAUUUCACGGAUAACGCAGAUAAAGUGUGCGACUCUUACUUAUCUUUUUUUCUUCUUAUUCUUAUUGAGCGACGCGUAGCGGGUAUUUUUAGUCGUGGGGAUUCUCACAGUCACGUUAUAUUUUUACUUCGUGGUCGACGUGCGAUAUGCAAUUACGCUGUGUACAUAAUUAGCCUCAUCUCCGUGCGGAAAAUCUCCAUCUUUGCAUCAUUGUCUCGCGUUUCGUCGGCGACGGUGGCUUCUCAUUGUCGCGCCGCUCUAAGCAGUCGAAAUAAUUUUGUUACAAUGGAUAACACACGAGCACGCACACCGCGUACCGAGGAAAGUCGCGUGUGUGCACAAUGAAAUAUCAUGUAUACAAAGUAGCAAGUUGCAUUCAAUUACCUCGGUUCACAUCAAGACUCUCUUAUCGAGGUCGUGCGUCUCUAACCCCGCGGGAUAACUGACAGACGGGGAAAAUUGAAGCAGACAAAAUUAAUCUGCUUAAUGACCUCUCGAAAUUACUCAUACGCAGUUGCCGGUUGAAUAAUCAAGGAGCGUGACUUUUGUUGCGUGAUCCGAAUUGUCUUGUCGUCUACCUUGUCCAAGAGAGAGAGAGAGAGAGGGACGCGCUCCCGCAUUUUCCAUGAUGUCGAUUCCUUCCUCGGCGUGCCUACGAUUGUUUGACUGAAUGUUAUAAUGUGGCCGACUCGCCGCGGUGUUUAACCGCACUUUAUCCUCCACAAAUUGAAGUAUUUCUUCUCUUUUUUUCUUCCUCGGCAACCCAAUAUUCACGGUUGAAUCGUGACGCUUCAUCAAUCAACGCCCACGUGGCGUCGUAUUGCGCCAAUAGCGAAAAUGAACGUAUCAGAUUUUUAGCACCAUGGAAACCGCGAAGGGCAAAGAGGAGAAUUGCGUUCCGCGGAUUAUACGGACUACAGCGUUGGACUAAUUAACGUUGCGGAGCAUUAUGACAGCCGGGAGUCGUUGAUUGUUACUGUAGCCGUAUUAAAGCCACGAUUCGAUCGCGCGUCGUUCCAUCCCGCGAUCUCAAUUUAGUUGUCGUCGAGCAAUUUCGCCUCCAGGAAGAGAGAUAGGAAGCGAUAGAGAGAUAGAUAGAUAGAGAGAGAGAGAAAGAGAGAGAGAGACGAUGGCGAUAAAACGGUACAUAAUCUCCCCAUUUUCCUAUACGACAUGCAUCGACCACAACAAGUGUGUGUACAGUUAUAGUAAUUCGUUACAGCAACUUGGACCGCUACGAUGCUUCCGCGCACGUGUCUCGCUAAUUAGCUCGAUCUAACGAUAUUUCCAUCACAGCGGCGCAACUGUAAACUGUUGUCGUUGUAUAACAUAAUAAUGAUACUACGUGGCGAUCGAUAUAACGAUCAGAAGAUAGGAGGUUGAAUUGUUAGCAAAAGUCGUGAAGGAUACAAAAAAGUAGCGAGUUUUUAUUCCAGUUUCGAAUUGAUUGACGAUCGAUAUCGCACACUCUGCUGCAGUCCGCAUAGUCGUUGCACGACGCACUUGGUGUAGUUUGCGUUUACCUGCUCGUUGCCUCUUCCCUUCUUAAUUGUGAAAUUUUUCGCUCAGUAAGGUAGACGAAACAGCGAAAUUCCAUUAAGCUAGAGGCAAUUGCGGACUCGAACGGUAUUACACGCAUUGACAGAAAUUUAUACAUCCUGAUUACAGAGGUCCGUAUUCAAACUGUAAUUAUAAUUACGACGCCCAUAUCCGCGAAUCUUGCAUGUUGAAAUUCAUUAGAAAAAACUUACGUUUCUCAGAAGGAUGAUUUGCCAGGAAAAAUUGCGUAAAAUGCGCGAUUUUUCUAUUUUCCCGACAAAGAUCCUUCACGACGACUGCACGAUCGAGAUGCACCUUAUUUUCGUACCGAGGCACUCGUAUACCGGAAACUCGCAUUUUUCCAUCAUUUUUCGUGGGUUUUUUGAGAAUUUUUUAAGCGUUUUCCGAGCGCUGCUAGACUCGGAACGAAACGAGAAAACGAUCCCGUGGGACAUAAAAAUCGUUCCGAAUAGGAUCGGCUGUGCACAAUAACAAAGAAAGGACGACGAACUGGGAGCGCUCGUUUUACAAAAGAGAACCCGCCGUUUUCGUUCUCGAUGUAUUUAAUCCCCUCGACGUGGUAGCAUUUCGCGCACGAUAGAUGCGAUCCACCGCAGAGAUAUGCGUGACGUCCAUUUAAAUCAGGAAGAAAGAGAAAGAGAUCUGCAUAUAUCUGUUUCUUUUGACAAAAUAUGUGCAAAAUUCGUCAUGCUUUUAUGUUAUCCUCUCCCGAUAGCCCAGCUUAUUAACGUACAAUCCAAAAUACACAUUUUUUCAUUUAUUUCAUACUUUUAUUCAUCUAUCUGGGAAGGUAAAUAAUCUUAUUAUUUUUAAAACAGUCGCACGAUCUAACCCUUGGAACGUGUACACUGAAAGAAACCAUUAAUGGACGAUACGUCCGCAAAAAAUAUACAGUCGUGUCGCCAGACAUGGUGAAAUAACGAUCGAAUAAUUUAUGAUAAAUACAAGCUUUCGGAUAAUAAAUAGAUAAAUGUACACGUGCUUAAUUUUAUCGCGGUGAAUGCCAGGGUUAUUCGCUCGUGAUAAAAUUUGUCGAGGGUAAGUAAGUUAAUAUAUAUCUCAAUAAGCGAAAUCGGGAAAUACGACCCGGCCGUUCCGUUGUGCGUGAUUAUUCGGCGUAUAGACGCACGCUGCAAUUUCCUCGCCACUUACGGAAGAUCGUCGAGAAACCGUUGGAGUGGCCGCAAGUGGGAUAAAUGAGAGUAGUUUUACGCUAACCGGGUCUAGACCAAGGUGAAACAAGAUUCCAGCCGGUUUGGAAAAUCGCAUCGAAAACACGCCGCGCGAGCUCGAGUACGCAUCGAGUACGCGGCGACCUGAAAAGAUACUCGGAGGUGCCAGAACGCGCCAUGCGGAUUACGAUUAUCCACAUAUGAAUGACAUUGAGGAUGCAGGAAGACAGGGGGAUCUUUAUAUCGGUCGCAGCGGCGAUCCGUGGAGUGCCUCCUCAGCUAGCAAUUACGAGAAAGAUAUUCUCCUCAGCGUACCGUCGUCGGCAAACGAUACGAAGGUGCUAACUGUCGCAGAUGGCCUCAAGGAGACGUCGACUCAUGCGAGAUUCAAGAGAGGGGUAAUACAUCUUUACAACAUGGUAGUAUGCGCCACAGGAUGUAAUCCCUUGGCCUACAAAGGAUAUGGUUGUUACUGCGGAUUCCUGGGAUCCGGCUACGUCAUCGACGGUAUCGAUCAGUGCUGCAAGAUGCACGAUUGGUGUUACGACGCCACGGAAUGCCCGAUGUUCUCGGAGUACUUCGUGCCGUAUUACUGGAGAUGUUAUCACGGUUACAAACCCGUUUGCGCGGUUGAACACGGCGACUGGGGAGGAUCUGGAUCUUGCGCUCAACGCUUGUGCGAAUGCGAUCGGUCACUGGCCGAGUGCCUGAAGAAAUAUCCUUGCCCUACUACCAAAGCAGUCUGCACUUCGUCGCCUUGGAGACUCGUGCAGAAUCUCUUCAUGAUCAUUUAAAUGUUCCACUUACCUCGAAAGCGAAUGUUCAGGCGCGACAGAUUCGUUUCAUUCCGAAAAUCUAGCGUAUCCCGCUUUAUAUAAAUAUCACGGUCGUGAACGAACUCGUGGGCAGAUAACGUGCUGCAAUGCCAAAGAGAAUGCUGACCAAUCAGCGAGCGUUUUCCACGCACGAAACGAGUUGCGCUAGAACGAUUAUCAUAUUGUACUGCGAUCGUUAAAUUUAUUUUUUUUUUGCCCCGUUACAUGUAUCCUUUAUCUUUCUGAACUAAUUGAAUAAGCGUGUACAAGAAUAAAAGAAAUUGUAUAUUUCGCACAGCAGUAAAUCCA